CCUUCUUGGAGGCGGAAGAUGGAUCGGCUCUUGGUGCGCGUGCUCUGCUGCCGUAAACUGGAAGCAAACGUCUCAACUCCGUCGUUCCGAUGGCACAUCUGCAGACACAGCGGACCGCCGGGAACUCUGUGAAGUCUCCGACGCAGACAUGUAGAUAGUGGCUCCCGCUGUCCGGUCCUGUCGCCGCGUGGGACUAUGGCAAAGUGCUGAGAGGUGCCUGUGGUGACGGCGCUCCCCAGCCCGCGCUGCCAUGGAGGUGAGCAGCCUCCCCGUGGAGCUGUGGAGGGUGAUCCUGGCCUACCUGCCUCUGCCCGACCUGGGCCGCUGCUGCCAGGUGUGCCGCGCCUGGAGGGAGCUCAUCCUGUCUCUGGACAACACCCGCUGGAGGGAGCUGUGCCUCGGCUGCCCCGAGUGCCGGCACCCCAACUGGCCCGGGCGGCCCCACGUGGAGCCGCCGUCCUGGCGGGAGGCCCUGAGGCAGCACGCCCUGGCCACGCGCACCUGGGCCCAAAACGGCACGGAGCUCCAGUCGUCGGCCUGCCUGCUCUUCUUCCGGCGCAGGAAGGACCGCAGGGUUUGGCACGUGGGGCCCGGCUGUGAAUUUGAGACCCUGCGCGGGGCCCUGGGGGUGGUGGGGCCGUAUGAUCGCGUGGUGCUCCACCCGGGGGUGUACGAGGAGCAGGCGGAGGUGGCGCUGAAGGUGCCCAUGGAGCUGGUGGGCCUGGGCCGGUUGGGUGAGGUGGCCCUGCUGGUGUGUAUGGAGCAGCAGUGCCCCACGGCCAGGCUGUGUAAUCUGGUGUUCAUGCCGCCGUGGUUCUCCACUGUGGUUUACAAGACAUCGUGGGGUCACGUCCAGCUCGAUAACUGCAACUUCGAGGGGGCCCACCUGCAAGUCCGCGGGCCGGGCACCUGCCAGGCUCGGUUCUGCUCCUUCUCACAGGGCAGCUCCGCCCAGUUGCUGGGCGUCGUCCUCAGCUUAUUGGACAGCUGCGACUUCUCCGGAAGCGACGCGUCCUCGGUGACCGUCGAAGGCCCCCCUGUGUCGGAGAGGAACUGGGCUUGUAAACACCUGGUCGCUCUGGCCAGGACUUUCCCAUCGUGCGGCGUGUCCGGGGACCACGGCAGCUUCCCUGCGGGACCCCCGGCCGGCUCCGCAGGGGGGCCUCGACCUCCGGGUAAUAACGCGAAGCCUGUGAGCGCAGACGACUGGCGGAGGAGGAUCGGGGUAGACGCCGUGUGCCAGGGCACGGUGAUCGACGCCGCCUGGAGCGACGGCGAACGCAGCGAGGCGGAGGACGACGGCCGAGACACCAAAAACCCAUUUGCUCUGGAUUACAAAAUCCCCUGCGACCACCACGGCCUGGCCCACUUGCUGAAGGCCCGGCCAGACGGCUCUCUGCCGCCCGCAUCCUGUCCGGACCCCCCGUCUGUGACGCCCGAGCCCCUCACCCUUCAGCAGGAACUCGAGCGGGACCCAGAGGCUCAGACGCUGGCUGCGUCCGCCCUCGGCUGCCUCAUCAGACGCUGCCUCUUCAGGGAAGGCAAGGGCGGUGUGCACUUGUCUAAUUAUGGACAAGCUCGGCUGGAGGGAAACAUUUUCCGUGGCCUGAACUACGCUGUGCGCUGCAUCCAGAACUCCACAAUAGUGAUGCUGAGGAACGAGGUGUGCGAGUGCCGGGCGUCAGGCGUGUUCCUGCGCCUCUCCGCUCAGGGCCUCAUCGCGGAAAACAACAUCCACUCCAACGGCGAGGCGGGCCUGGACAUCCGCAAGGGGGCCGACCCCAUAAUAGUGUGCAACAAAAUACACAGUGGUUUGCGUUCUGGGGUCGUCGUCCUUGGCAAUGGGAAGGGUUCGAUUCGGAGCAACCACAUUUACAACAACAAGGAAGCCGGCGUGUAUAUUCUCUUCAGUGGCAACCCUGUGGUCAGUGGGAACCACAUCUUCCAAGGCCAGGCGGCAGGCAUAGCCAUCAAUGAGAACGGCAGAGGGAUAAUUACAGAGAAUGUGAUCAGAGAGAACCAGUGGGGGGGUGUGGACAUCCGCAGAGGAGGGGACCCCAUCUUAAGGAACAACUACAUCUGCUAUGGCUACUCCGACGGCAUGGUGGUGGGAGAGAGAGGCCGCGGGCUCAUCGAAGGGAACCACGUCUACUGUAACAAGGGCUGCGGCGUGUGGGUCAUGUCGUCCAGCCUCCCGCAGCUCCUGGGAAACUACAUCACCCACAACUGCAUGUACGGCCUGGCCGUGUUCUGCAGGAAGGACCAGGAGAACGCGGAGGGCAGAGACGGCGGCUGGCAGGGGCAGGACGACGGGGGCGGCGGCGAGAGGCGGGGGGCGGAGGGGGAGGCGCAGGAAAACCUGAACGAGGAGGGGGAGCUGUUCGCCUGGGAGAGCGACCUGGACAGCGAGGACGAGCGAUACUCCGCCCGCCGCUCCGUCAGCGUGGCCCUGGUGGAGAGCAACUGCAUGAGCUACAAUGGAGCCGUCGGCCUGUACGUGAAGAGCAGCGAGCCGCUCAACGUUUUCGCCAACCUCCUCAACAACAACUGCGGCGCCGGCGUCGCGGUGCUGCAGAGCACCCAGCUCACCCGCCUGGUCACCAACUGCGUCCUCGGGAACGGCCGCGGCGGCGUCGCGGUGGAGAGAGACUGCAGGGUGGAGCUCCGCGGCAACGGCGUCUAUGACAACGGCGGCCACGGGGUCAGCUUCGCCGGCCACGGGCAGAUCGUGGAGAACGACGUGGUCGGGAACUGCGGCUGUGGGGUCCAGGUCUCGGGCUGCGCCGACGUCAAGGUGCUGCGCAACCGGGUCCAGGCAGCGCAGGGCUGUGGCAUUGCUGUGCUGGGCCCUGUUAAAGGCGUGGUGCACGAUAACCUCUUGUUCCAGGGUCAUCCUGGAAAUAAGAAGGCGCUGCUACACAUGGACGCUGGCCACGAGAGCUGCGUGCUGCGCAACAACAACAUUCUGAGGCAUGACAACAGCUGGACGUCCGCUUCUCCCUGGGCUCUUGAAAACCCGCCCCCUCGCCCACUGGCCAGCUCCCCAACCAGCCUCUCCUCAUCCCAGUAUCCUUCUCGACUUGGAAUUUCUGUGACCAACAGGAUCGGGGCCACUGUGGAGAGCGGCUGCCACAGCGGCAGCAUGUUCUGCUCCAUUCUGUGAAUACGGACAAGCACUUGCAGGCUCUGUGUUUGUGUACGUGUGGGGCACUUAUGUUUUCCUCCGAGGACAUCGUCCAAAGUGAUGCUGUACUGUUAGGGUGGAGGGUGAAGUACUGAAAGGCAGACGUCCACCUUCCUGUACGUCCUUCUGGCACAUUUUUCUUAUGCCAGAUUUUUGUAUUUCUACCAUCAUCAAAUGUUGGCAAAUGAUAGGAAGCAGGAGUUCAGCACUUUCAAGCGUCCUCAUCAUUCAUCUAAAACAGCAGUCUUCAUGCUAAAGAUUGUUUUUUGUUCUUUUCAGAUUUCGUUGGUUUUGAGACUCUCUAGUUAGGAAAUGCACAUGAAUCACUCCUAUCAGGAGUCAAAGAAAUCCGAAAUGCCAGCUUCAACCAUGCUACAAAGUAAAGCUGUGCCUUGUGACUUUUUCUAUUCAAUGAAUUACUGUAGAUAGGGAAAAGGAUCUCUGUGCGUUAUGCAAAAAAAAAAAAACAAGAGAAGAUUCAAAUCCAAACUUUAGAUCGUCUCUUGACGUUUUUCCUGCUUCUUUGUAUCAUGUCAAUGUUUUUAAAAUACAAUGCACAUAUUUUUUUUGUAAAGGGAUCCAUUUUAGCGAGAGUCCAGACACAGUCAGCAUGCUGCGCAGUGACAAAGACUUGAAAGAAGUAAUAUAAGUGUGCAAUAUGUGAUGUCUACAAACGUGCCUAUACAUUUCAUCUAAGCUUGAUGUUUUCUGUCAUUUAGAAUUUGUUUACAGCUCAUUACUACACUUUUUGUAUCCUGCACAGUAAGCAUUAAAUGACAGAAGAGUUCACAAUUUUAUUUGUCUACAAAAUGAAUUAUUAAAUGCCUCUCGUUUGGA